AUGAAUUGGGCAGAUCAUUUUGAUGGACAUGGCCGCUCCUUCAUCUACGAAGAAGACGUCCAGCCCAUGAACCAACCCACACGACCCGCUAAGCCGAAAUCCAACCCCCAACCUCGUCGUCCACCUCCACCCCCGCCAAAAAGAUCAACAGACCCUCAUGAAAACAUCCACGCCUGGCUCUCGGGCGUCACGAUCGACGAGGAACAUGUACCCCUCGCAUCAGACAUCUUUCAUGCUCUAGGCCAGAUCCAAGGUCAGACGAAGGUGAGCCACCAAGCACCACCGGUGGACAAGCAGCAGAAGCAGGCAGAGACACAGACACAGACACAGGCCGCCGGUCCGACGGUGACUGUCCACACCAUGGGCCCGGGGUUUAUCGGCCGCGCUCCGGCGUUUGGGACAUCUGAGUUCUUUGCGAAUAUGGUUGUUGUGGGGAUUCUGUUGCUCUUCGCGCCGGGGUUCACGAUUCUUGCGGCGGGGGUGUUUUUCACGUCGAGGGUUGCGGAGAGGUGGGCUGGGCAGGAGUGA